AUGAGUUUGUCCGAGGAAAGUUCAAAUGCACCCCCACCGUACCCCAGCGCACCUCCACAGAGUGACAAGCAUCUCUCACCCGUGUUAGAACGGGGAGAAUCCAAAGUAGCUCUUGAGCCCGGCACGCCAGCCAAAGCUGCCCAAAGACUAGGAGUGCCUCCCAAUUUACCUCAACCGGUUACUAUGCAGCCUCAGCCCACAGCUGUGCCCGUGGUUGUCGCCAUGAACCAAACAUCCAAUGUGCACAACCACAUCCACGGAAAACGCAAUUGGGACAAGGAUUUGUUCGGCUGUGACUGGCAUUGCGGUAACAAAAAAGUCGACUGCUGUGUCAACAUUUGUUGCCCAGGUUUCGGCGUUGCUGAUGUACAAAUGCGAGAAGGGUAUACACAUUUCGCCGCCUUAGCCCUUGGAAUGAUCGCACAUAUGGGAUCUCCAUUUGGCUGUGCGCUUCCUAGUCCAUUGAGUGCAUGCGUCGUAUGCCUUGUACGCCAAGAAUUUCGACGAAAGCAUGGAUUCAAAGGCCACUGGUGUCGCGACUGCUGCGCGUCUUUGCUUUGUUCACCUUUGGUGAUUGGACAAAUGCAGAAGCAGCAAGAGAAGUUCGCGGAACGAGAACGGCUCAUCAAAAACGGCAAUUCUUCUGCGCAACUUAUCGGGACCUCUGGAGGUGCUUCACGUAAUUACGUUCAAGGCAAUUACUAA